UUACAUUMUCCAACAUUGUUGUUGKUGUAGCCUAUAACUUUAUGUGAAACUGUAAAGAUGAAAAAGAUCACUCAGGGUUAGGCGACAUAUCCCGCUACGUAAAUGUGUAUGUUAUGUCUCCAACCUGGUUGGAAACUGUAACAAAGUUAAUAGAAAGAAAAAGGUGUCUCUAAACAGAAUACCUACAAAGACGAUAUCUCUCCUCCUUCUUACAGUGAGCCAGGAUGCUCUCCGCGGUGUGCACGAGGCCACUCUGCGGCGCCGGAAGCGCACGACCUUCAGCAAAGCGCAGCUGGUCGAGCUGGAGAGGGCCUUCUCCCUCACGCACUACCCUGACGUCAAAGUGAAGGAGUCUCUCGCGUCCCUCAUGGGGCUCCCUGAGUCCAAGAUCCAGGUGUGGUUCCAAAAUCGCCGUGCUCGCUACUUAAAGAACAAGAAACCACAAGAAGCCCAAUUACCACCAGCAAUUGACCGUUCAGUUCCACAGUUCCCCUGCGCUCCAACCCCCAGCGCCACGACCAUGCCUCCCCCCUAUCCUUCCCCACCUCGCCAAUACACAUCUCCGCCUCCUCGCUACACUUCCUCAGGUAUGGCCAAGGCCUCCAAGCUUUCUUCAGGCUGCGUGCCAGAGAGCCAGACAAUGUACCUGCCACUGCCUACCUCUCCAACCGCCAGAGACCAGGCCACGGGCUACCCACUGGGCAGUAUUCAGAGCCUGUAUUUAGGGUAUAAUAGCAAAGAAGCAGUGCUGUGUAAAGCGACACAGAGUUCCUGGGAGUAUUCAGAGGGACUCAGUGUCUAUGAGGCUUUUGCUGGGGACACGCAGUGGCAAGACGCCAUCGCCGGGAGCCGAAGUGGCGCGUCUGACCAGUACUUGCAUGCACACAACAUGCCAAUGCAGUACUUCAGCUUCGCCACCUGUUGUCACCAAAGAGCUGAAAUUUCAGAAGACCUGCCUGAGUUCUCCUCGCAGGAUCUCGACGACAUGAAUUUGACUGAUUUGGAGGUUUCAACUGCUAUGAUCGAUUAUCUUCUCAGCUGAGUUUUUACAAAGGGUAAAAUAUAAAAAAAUGCAAAUUAUUGUUAAUAGUUAUAGAUAUAUAAGAAUUAUAAUCAUAUGUGAAUAGGAG